AUUGGAGUGGGAAGGCAGAGGGCUUCGGAUUAACGGCCAAGAGCUCACGAAUCUCCGAUUUGCAGAUGAUGUUAUGAUCAUAGCAAGCAGCGCUAUAGAGAUGAAGGGAAUGAUAGAGAAAUUAGUUGGUGCUAGUGAAGCGAUGGGUCUCCAUCUUAAUGCACAGAAGACAAGAAUAAUGACCAAUGCAGAAAGAAUAAGUGUGCAACGAGACUGCCUGAAGAUCGAUGGACAAGGAUUUGCACGGAGUGGUACCGAUGGACAGGACCAGGAGACGAGGACGGCCACCGACCAGAUGGAGGGACGAGUUGUGCCAGAGAGUGGGCCAUGCAUGGGCGACUACGGCCAGAAAUAG